AUGUCAGCACAGACAUCUAAAGGUACAGCACUCAUCAUCGAUGGCGGAUGCGAGUUCAACAUGUCGAAAGGAAACUUAAACCACUACUUGACAGAUGUUGCUAAGAAACAGCUCGAAUCAUUCGGAUGGAAUGUUAUCACUACAGUCGUUGAGAACGGAUACGACAUUCAAGAAGAGAUCGAUAAAUUCCUCAAGUGCAACAUUGUUAUUCUUCAAUAG